AUGUGUAAAAUAACAGAUAAUUGCAAGAAAGUGAGAGACGAAGUUUGCAUGGAUGAAUCGCUAUGGAAGCAAAUAACCAAUUUAAUAUUCUGUGCCGGUGGCACUAUGCUUUGUUAUCUUUGGUUUGGAAUUAUUCAAGAAUCAAUAACAAAGGGUAAAUAUGGUUCUGAUGGUAAGGAGCGUUUCACAUAUACACAAGCACUCGUGUUUGUGCAAUGUGCUGUAAAUACAAUGUUUGCAUAUAUUUUGAGAGGUAGAACGAGAGAUAGUGUUCCGACACGGAUAUAUGCUGUUGCAUCCACUAGUUACUUAUUUGCAAUGCUCACAAGCAAUCAUGCGCUGCAGUACAUAUCAUAUCCGAUACAGGUACUGGGUAAAUCAUGUAAACCAAUACCAAUAAUGGUUUUCGGUUUUCUCUUCUUUAAUAAGCGAUAUCAUUUGAAGAAAUGUUGUUGUGUUUUGAUGGUUGUGUUUGGUGUUGGAUUAUUCCUAUAUAAGGAAAAAGCGAAUGUGACAAGUGGAAAAUCUGCUUUCGAUUUAGGUUUUGGUGAGCUGUUACUGCUGCUAUCGUUAGCAAUGGAUGGUAUCACAGGCGCAAUACAAGAUAAAAUUCAUCAGCAGCAUAAGGCAAAUGCUCAUGUUAUGAUGUUUUAUAUGAACUUAUUUUCUUCAUUAUAUCUUCUUAUCGGUGUGUUUCUGACCGGUGAAUUAUUCGCUUUCAUGGUAUUUGUACAAUCUUAUCCAAAAGUAAUAAUGGAACUAUUUACCCUUGCCGCUGCAAGUGCUCUGGGGCAGUUCUUCAUUUUCAAAACUGUGACACAGUUCGGUCCAUUGACUUGUUCGAUUAUAACAACAACACGUAAAUUAUUUACGAUGCUCAGUUCAGUGAUCUUGUUUGGUAAUACUCUAACACAGAGGCAGUCUCUUGCCACCGUUGUUGUAUUUACUGGCCUGCUAUUAGAUGCUAUCGGAAGUAAGAAGAAAGGGUCCAUUAGGAAAUUCUCAAGCCUUAUCGGUACUGUUUACCGUGAUGGUAACGUUACAUUUUCAACCGAUGGCAAUUCAGUUAUCAGUCCAGUUGGUAAUAAAGUCACAGUAUUUGAUCUGAAAAACAAUCAAGCAAAUACAAUUGCCAUCGAAUCAAACUUCAACAUUAAAUUGGUAACAGUCCAUCCAUCUGGAAUAUAUGCUUUUCUGAUCAAUGAAGCUGGACAAGCUCAGUAUGUUAACUUGAUUACGCAAACAGUUCUGUAUCGACAUCAUUUUCGAGCUCGUGUUAGUGAUGUCAAGUUUUCGAUGGAUGGCAGACGAUUAGCUGCUUGUCGAGGUGGCGAUGUGCAGGUAUUUCUGGUUGCAGGAAUUGAGAAUUUUCAAUUGAAUCCAUUUAUGUUGUUACAUACUCAUAAAAUCACUUGUGAAAAAGCGAAAAACGUGGAGUGGAGCUACGAUGACAAACUGUUGGUAGUAGGUUCAGAAGACAAGCAAGUGCGAGUGGUUUCAGCUGUGGAUAGUUUGAAAAAUUUAUUUCUGCAUGCUUUGGCAGCACAUAAAGCAGAAUUGAUAUCAGUUGAUAAACGUGGAUUAGCUAAUCACUGGACUUGUGCUCUGAAACAAGAAGAUUUUGUUGAAGGGUUACAUUCGAAAAAUACUUCUGAAGAUGUGAAGAAAAUGUGGUACAAUAAAACGAAAAGACAUUUCAUGAUGGAACAUUUGGAUAAUGCAAAUGGCGUUAAUCUCACAGCAAGCACCUAUCAUCCACCAACAUCAUUGUUGAUCACCGCAUUUUCAAAUGGAGCUUUUUUUCUGCAUGAAGUGCCAAAUUUUAAUCUCAUUUAUAGUUUACGGGUGUCGGAAACAAAGGUAUCAUCUUUGGCUAUAAAUAAAUCUGGUGAUUGGAUAGCGAUAGCUUGUGGAAAAGGAACAGAAGGUCAGUUAGUGGUUUGGGAGUGGCAAAGUGAAACUUAUGUCAUGAAGCAACAAUCACACAGCCAGUCUAUAACAACAGUUGCCUAUUCACCCGAUGGAUCUCAAAUUGCUACCGGUGCUGAGGAUGGAAAGGUGAAGGUUUGGUCCUGUCGGUCCUCAUUUUGUAUUGUAACAUUUACCGAACAUAGCAGCGGAGUGAGUGCAGUCUGUUGGACAUCCGAUGGCAAAGCUUUAUUGUCAGCAUCGCUAGAUGGAACUAUACGAGCACAUGAUCUAGUUAGAUAUCGCAAUUUCCGUACCUUGGUUUGUCCUGAUAAGACACAGCUUGGCGGUCUAGCGGUUGAUUCGGCUGCCGAACUUGCGAUGGCAAAUUCUAAAGAAAUGUUCAACAUUUAUAUAUGGAGUCUUGAGAAUGGAAAAUUAUUGGAUGUCUUAUCUGGACAUUCAGCUCCAAUUGCUUCUAUUUCUGUUCAUGGUACACAUUUGGCCUCAGUAUCAUGGGAUAAAACUCUUCGUAUAUGGAAUGUUGUUGAAUCAUCAGCAGCAGAAUCCAUUGAUUUGCUUUAUGAAGGUCUUGACGUAGCUUAUUCUCCUAGUGGUGAAAUACUCGCUGUGUUAUGUCUUGAUUCGUCGGUGAGUCUUUUCGAAACUGAAACGUCGGCGGAGCUUGGUACAAUAGAUACAGCUCUUGAUGUCGAUGCUGCACGCAGAGCCACUGAUCUUAUUAAAAAGAAAACAAGUGAAAAGAGCAGAACUUUCACGUGCAUAUGUUUUUCCGCUGAUGGUUCAUUACUUUUUGCUGCUGGACAAUCGAAUUACAUAUGUUUGUAUAGUGUUUCGGAACGUAUUUUAGUAAAAAAGUUGAAAUUAACAACAAAUCGCAGUUUAGAUGGAGUUAAGAUGGAUAUAAAUCGACGUAAUUUCUCGGAAUUCGGUAACAUGAUGUUAAUUGACGCUAGCGAUAGCGAAGAAGAAGCAGAUGGCAAGAAACGUAUAAAACUCCCAGGUACUCGACAUUCAGAUCUUUCGGAGCGCUGCUUUCGACCAGAAAUGCGCGUUGAAGAUAUAAGUUUCUCUCCUGCAGGUCGCAGUUUUGCAGUUUGUUCAACGGAAGGUGUUGCUGUUUUCUCUCUUGAUCAUCGUAAUCUUUUCAAUCCUUUUGAACUUGGAAUACAAGUGACUCCAAUUACUGUUGAAAAUGCAUUGAAGGAAAGAGAGUAUUCGGCAGCACUGAAAAUGGCAUUGCAACUGAAUCAAGCAGAGAUGAUUGAAAAUGUAUUACUGUGUACCCCGGUUGCGCAGAUCGAUAUAGCUACACGUUCUUUGUCCGUUGCUUACGCAGAAAAAUUACUGAAAUGGCUCGCUGAAAACAUUAAUGGUUUCAUUGAAAAGCAUAUUCAUUUUUGGCAGCUUUGGCUGAAAAGUUUGCUAAUGGAAUACGGAUAUCAAAUAAAGCUUAAUCGAGCUGCAAAUUUAACUUCCCUCACCGCACUACAACAACGUUUAUCCGAUUAUGUAAAUCAAAUAACGAAGUUGGUUGAUCAAAAUAGGUAUACAUUGGAUUAUCUUCUUGUAGCGAGGCAGAUAAAACGGGAUCAAUGA